AUUUCAUACAACAGAAGGUACACCCCAGAGGAGUGGCUCCCUGAGAACACACGUGCAUUGGCUCUCACCUUUUGUAGUUCCACUGCACCUGUGUUCUCAGGUCACCCCUUUGGGGCACCCUGUUGCCAUGAUGCCCAUCACAAGAUUUCAUUUUCUACAAUUCUGUCUUCUUCUUUUUCUCUAAUUGAGUUUAUAACAAUGUAAGCAUGCAUUGAUCUUUCAGGUUGAAUUUUUCUGCCUUUUGUUUUUCUUUUCUUUUACUAGUCAACUCUUUACACAAAAUUGUAUCGUUCACCUUUCUUUUUCUUUUCUUUUCCUUGGCUGAUGACUCGCAUCGAAUCUUUUCUUAGCAUCUCUCUCUUCUUCUUCUUCUUUUUUUUUUCUAAAAAGAAAAAAAGAAAGAUCUUAAAUAAUAACAAUUAAGGACUUUGAGAGUGAGAUUCUUAAAUAAAUAAAUAAUGUGCCUUUUUGUAAUUAUCUUCUGGAGAAUACAACAAGCCUCAAGGCCUAUUUCACUUCACUGUAUCAGCAAUACCCCAAAUGUCUUGACUAGUGAAAGAACUAAAACCCAAAAUCAUCACCAAAUAAGCAAUGGAGAUUGAUUCGACCGAUCAAACAGGCCGCCAAAUCACAGACAAAGAUCUCUUCAAGGCGGCAGAGUCCGGCGAUUCCUCCACUUUCAAAUCACUUUCACCUGAACAACUUUCUACAGCGCUUCUCUCCCUCCAAAACGACGAUGCUCGCUCCCUUCUCCAUGUCGCCGCAUCUUGCGGUCACCUCGAGGUAGUGAAAAUAUUGUUAGAUGUUGAUGAACCAAAAAGUGUAGUAAAUAGCAAAGAUGAAGAAGGGUGGACCCCACUUCACUCUGCAGCAAGCAUUGGCAAUCUCGAAAUUGUUGAGAUUCUAUUAAGCAAAGGAGCUGAUGUUAAUGCAAAAACUGAUGGCGGUCGUGCUGCUCUUCAUUAUGCUGCUAGCAAAGGGUGGCUAAAAAUUGCUGAAGUUUUGAUAUUACAUGGUGCAAAGAUUAACCUCAAGGACAAGGUUGGUUGUACCUCAUUACAUCGGGCUGCUAGCACAGGGAACUAUCAGCUGUGUGAGCUUCUAAUUGAGGAAGGAGCUGAGGUUGAUUCGAUCGAUAAAGCUGGUCAAACACCGCUGAUGACUGCUGUUAUUUGUGAUAACAAAGAGGUUGCUCUCCUUCUUAUAAGACAUGGAGCGGAUGUGGAUGCGGAAGACAAGGAAGGAUAUACUGUGCUUGGUCGAGCAUCUGAUGAGUUUAGGCCAUCACUGGUUGAUGCUGCCAAGGCUAUGCUCGAAGGAUGAUUUUGAAACUCUGACCAAGUAAGACUAGAGAGGGGAUUUAGUUUAAAGGAUGCUAUCUAUGUGAUUUGGACACAGGUGUUCCAAUUUGGUGUAUUUUAUCUGCAACUGUUGUUUGCUGGAGAAGUUCGACAUGGUGUCUGUAGCCAUUAUGAUCUGUUGCUUAUAUUUUGCUUUUAUUUGUUUUUAUGAAAAUAGGUUAUGACAAAAAUUGAAAAUUAAAAGAAGACAGUUUAGCCAUUUUUCA